AAAAUUUACGUAAAUUUCAGAUGCUGUUUAAAUUUCGUCUGUUAGUUUUCAGAUUUUAGAUUGCGUACUGAUUGAAAGUUAAUUGUGGUAAUCAUUAUCUGCUAAAUGGAGGUUGACAGUACUCACGAAAUAUAUGAGACUAUGGACACUACUGCGGCAGACACGAAAAAUGAGAGCUACUCAAUUCUGGAGCCCAAAUUAAUUGCCCAAGAGUUUGAUUGUGCAAUUUUGAACUUCACAAGUGACUUUUUGGAAAAUAAGUACGUCAUUUUGGAUCCCAAAAAGUCAAUCCAGACUAAAUUUGGAAUGGUCGUUUUCAAAAACCUCAUUGGAAAAGAGUACGGCUCGAAACAUGCGUUUUCUUCGAACAACAGUAAAGGGUACUUCUUUCUAUUACAUUUGACGCCAGAACUAUGGACCACAAAUUUGAACCAUAGAACCCAGAUUCUUUACUCUAUGGACAUUUCUAUGAUUGUUUUCGAGUUGGAUCUUGUCAGUGGAAGCAGGGUGAUUGAAACAGGUACUGGGAGUGGGUCUUUAAGUCACUCAAUUGCGAGAGCAAUUGCACCGAAUGGACUACUUAUUACUCACGACUACAGCGCCGAACGAGUUGAAGCGGCCAAUCAAGACUUCAAACGCCAUGGAAUCGACAUCAUCGCGUGUAGUUCUCAGCGAAAUGUGUUGUUGGAAGGCUUUGCGCCUUCAUGCAAAGUCAAAAAAGUGGAUGCUGUGUUUUUGGACUUGCCUGAACCUUGGAGUGCAAUCAAGUUUGCAGCUGAAGUUUUAAAAAUUGAUCAUGGACGAAUAGCUUGUUUUUGUCCUUGUAUUGAACAGGUUCAAAGAACGUGCAAUGAGCUGAGAAACUGCAAGUUUCAACACAUAGAAACGAAAGAGUAUGUGCUGCGGCCAUUCGCAAUAAUGAAUGACACAGUUGCAACUUAUAAAGAGGAUUUAUCAGAGAAGUCAUCUUACAAGCAAACUUAUCUGAAGAGAAAAAACUAUAAAUAUACUCAUACUGGGUACCUUAUUUUUGCAUCGUUCUUUGGCUAAAUUAA